AUGGAGAAAUGCUGGGUGACAGAGGCAGCCAACGGCUCCAUGAAUGGAUUGGAUUUCAACCCCAUGAAGGAGUACAUGGUCCUGAGUAGUUCCCAGAAGGUCGCUGUGGCGGUGCUAUGCACCAGCCUGGGCCUGGUCAGUGCCCUGGAGAACCUGGCUGUGCUCUACCUGAUCCUGUCCACCCGCCGGCUCCGCAGGAAGCCCUCCUACCUGUUCAUUGGCAGCUUGGCUGCAGCUGACUUCCUGGCUAGUAUCAUCUUUGCUUGCAACUUUGUAAGUUUCCAUGUCUUCCAUAAUAUGGAUUCCAAGGCCAUGUUCCUGCUGAAGAUAGGCAGCGUGACCAUGACCUUCACUGCCUCUGUAGGCAGCCUGCUGCUGACCGCCAUUGACCGUUACCUCUGUCUGUGCCACCCAUUAGGAUACAAGGCUCUACUCACCCUUGAGAGGGCUCUGAUGGCUCUGGGCAUCACGUGGUUCCUCUCAGCAUUCGUCUCCUACCUGCCCCUCAUGGGGUGGACUUGCUGUCCCCGUCCCUGCUCUGAGCUUUUCCCACUGGUCCCCAGUAACUAUCUGUUGGGCUGGCUUCUGUUCAUCGCCUUCCUCUUCUCGGGCAUCAUCUAUACCUAUGGGCAUGUCCUCUGGAAGGCCCAUCAGCAUGAGGCCAGCCUGGCUGAGUACCAGGAUGGGCAUGUGCCAGGAAUGGUCCGAAUGAGACUGGAUAUGAGGUUGGCCAGGACCCUAGGCUUAGUGCUGGCUGUGCUUUUCCUGUGCUGGCUUCCCGUCUUGGUCCUCAUGGUCUACAGCCUGGCUGCCACUCUAAGUGACCAGGUCAAGAAGGUCUUUGCUUUCUGCUCUUUGCUCUGCCUGGUCAACUCCAUGAUCAACCCAAUCAUCUAUGCGCUGAGGAGCGGGGAGAUCCGUUCCUCUGCUCACCACUUUCUGGCUCGCUGGAAGAAGCACAUAAGGGGCCUUGGGUCUGAAGGACAAGACGAUGUCCAGAAGUCCUCCCUCUCUGAGACAGUGGCAGAUGGAAAAAUCACCAAGAGGACAGAUUCCAAAGAGCUCUUCUGA